AUGCCCAGCCGACCCGAAAAGAAAGACGCUCGAACGUGUUGUUGCUGUAUUCCAAUCCGUGCAGGAGUUGGGAUUCUCGCAUGGCUAUAUUUCUUGGGCGGUGUUGCGGCGGUUGUAUUGGCCGUUAUGAUCUUGAAGCAAGAUACUUCCGACAUGGAAACAGCUAUUAAAGCAUUGAUUAUUGCUCUUGGAGGACUAAGUGCGUUCCUGGUUGUGACUUCAAUAUUUGGAAUUAUUGCAACGAUCACACAAUCACCAUUCCUGGCCCGUAUUUGGUCUGUUAUGUUCCAAAUUUGGUACUAUCUCCAGCUCGCACUCGACAUCGCAGUCAUUGCGCUUUUCUUUUCCAAGAAACUCGACACUCUCAUUGUUGAAUGCACAUCACUCGCUGAGAAGCGUCGACCAAAGGGCUCCGAGAUCGAAAACUGUAACCGCGGGAGGAAUCGAUUGAGUUUGUACUACACUCUGUCUGGGGUAGUGAGGAAUGUAAUCAGCUAUUACUUUACUCGCCGCGUUUCUAGUUUUACUCGCCAUUGUACUGAACGUGUUGCCAGUCAUAGCCUCACGGCACCGACUCAAAUGGCUACUCUUUCUGGUAAUGGACCUACCCAAUUGAAUAGUUUGAAUAUUCAAGGAGGACACCAAGCAUCGGUUGACUCGCUUCGAGGCGAAAAGGCUGUUUGA